CUGUUUCCUUUCUUCGCUUCCUUUCCGAACCUUCACGACCUCGUAAGUUGCUGGCUCAGUUGGUCUUUUCUUUUAAUUAUCUAUAUCCGCUGUUUACUUUUCGCUUCUUUUCCUCAAAAGGAGUUUCACUCCUUCUUUCUAUCGCAGACAUACUAUUGUAAUUUUUGAAUUCUUCUUCAGCCAUCAAUGGACCCGGCCUUGCAAUUGUCUAGAGCCGGCCAAAUGCAACCCGCCCAUGUCAUUGUCAAUGCACCCUAGUAACAUCGAAAUGUCGAGCCGCAACUUACAUCCCACCUAUUAUCAUUUGAAGCUUCCAGUCGUCUACAAGCUCCCUCUACUUCCAGGUUUUAAGACUUCAGCAGCCUUCCUUACCUCUUUGUCCGCGAACCUUCGUCUUCCUGAUGACGACUUCCUAUCUUCGACAGCCACUGGCAUUCCGUUCCACCCAUUCGGCGCUUUAGCCCACGACGUAGCGUAUAUUUCUCCCUCCUUAUUGUCUUCCACGACAUUACCCUCCUCACCUUCCUCGCUUUCAUCCGGUACUCUAUCCUCCGCAAGCUCGGUAUCAGGCGACAACCACCCACCACGACGUCGCCGAAGAGCCGGCAGCGCAGGUUCCGGGCAUGGUUCGCGACGUAACAGCCAUGGAAGCCUCAAUGUGAUCUGGCACACCCUCAAGAAAUCCUCCUCGUCCCCAGCCGGCCUCUCCUUUCUGCAGACCCCCCUGAACCCCACGCGAAUCGCCUCUUCAUCCUACCCACCAGUUUCCCCCCCCCAUAUCCCAACCUCAAGCACCACCACCGAUGCCGCACUCUCCCUGCUCGGUUCUACCAUUCUCUCCCAACGCGCCGCAGCAACGCGAAUCUUACUUCUACAUCCUCUUAAUAUCACCAUUUUCUCCUUACCCCUAUUCCUCGCCCUCCACAUCCUACACUACGUCGGCUCCACCGCCUCCACGCUCUUCUCGACUUUCCUCCUCUCGAUCGCCGCCGCCGUCGCCACUGCCUGGCUGAUGACCCGUGGCUACUCCACCGCCGCCACCUCGUUCCGCUCGUCCGCCGACGCCUGGCUUGGCGACGACGCGCUCUUCGUGUCUACCAAUCACUGGGGCCAGGUUGUCGGUGCCGCCGUUGUGUGCUGGGUGUCGGAUACGCCGGCUUCGCGACCGGGGAGUAGUCACGGACAUGCGCACUCCUGGUCGUCUGCGUCGAACGGGAGCAGCAGCGGGAAAGGGACGGGCGGGGGGAAGCGUCGGAGGAAGGUUGGGAGGGGGGAGAUCCGUGCUUGGGCGGUGGCGGAGGAGUGGAGAGGGCGGGGAGUAGGGAGGGGGUUGUUGGCUGGGGUGGCGGAGUGGGUGGAAGGGAAGGGUGGGGUUAGGGUGGAGUUUGCGGAGGAGCACUUCGCAAGCCAACGAGUCCUUCCUCAGUAUUACGAUACACCUUUCGAACGCCGCGAUCAACGAGCAUAUACCGCUUUGCAGCAUGUUCUGGAUGACGGAGGCUAUUUCGUGAAGAGAAGGAGCUUCGGCCGUUGAUGAAUGAUGUUAUGACUUUGUUUUUUGACGAUUUUAUGGUUGGAUUGAUACCCACUGGACGACAUUCACUGCCUGGACGAAGGACUUUCACUAUGUUGGUGAUGAGCGAAAUGCUACUACUUGAAUGAUUUAAGCGUUGGCUUCAACGAUACCCCGUUACAUAGGACGAUGAAUAUUUGAGCUACGGGCACGCUAUACGGAGACCUCAAUAUAUCAUGAUAUGACGCUUUUGUACGAAUGAGUUCUUGGCGAUCGCUGAAACUAGACUCACGAUUGGAGAAUGGAAUUGUGAUGUCCGAAAACCUAUUACAAAUAAUAUUAAGGUAUCAAUCUCCC